UGGGUCACUGAAAGCGCGAUUGAUGCGCAACGGGGCGCCCUGCCAGCGAGCCUGGCGGCCGGGGCUCGCCUCUCUCCCAUCCAUCCAGCUGCGGGAAGCGGCCGCCGAGGGUGGAGCAGCCUCUGCCGGCAUCGACGGAGGACUGGAGGCAAAACUUUGCGGGGGGGGGGGAUCCGUCCAAGCCCUCGUCUGCGGGCACAGAGGGCGCGCUUGGCCGCGGCGGAGAGGGGCCCUUCGGCGGGGCGGGGGGCGCGCUCCUCCUCGCCCUCCCCGGGACGCGUUAGGAGCCCGCCCGGCCUCGCUGCCGCUCGCGCCGUCGAGCCACCGGCGGGCUGCUUUCGGAGAGCCCGCCCCACGUGCGGAGAAGCACUCGACUUCGGCGGGGCUCGGGGAAGUUAUGAAUGGAAGUCUGGAAGUGAAAACUCCAUGAGGAGCUGAGGGCAGCAGGGGAAAAAGGGAUGGAUUUAUUAUUCAUAUAGACUGCCAGCACCCUGCUUUAAAAGAAAAAUAAGAAAUCCAAAGAAUAUAAAAAGGGAAUCAAAGGCCAGUUUAUGCUUGAAAUGACAUAUUGCAUUCAAAGGAGAGAAGGUUGACACGUGGCAUCUUACAAGCAAGAUCACCAUAUAAUUAUUUAUUGAACUCCAGUUGCUUCCUUCUAUAUAUAUUUUCCCCCAAAGAAUAUUUAAAAAUACUUUCAAUUGUCAUUUCAAGAGGAGCUACAUACAAAGAAAGCCCCAUGUAUUUCAUAAGUGCGGCUGACUGUUAGGACAGCAAAUACUGGUCCUGGACUUGAAUUAAAAACAAGCAAAACACUUUCCACGAUGAAUCUUCUAUCCUAUGGAUACCGGUUCUGAGCUUACAGAUGAGGAGGAACUCUAUCUGAUUGUGUCCUGCCUCACGUCAAUGCCUAGCCUCCCUCAGGAUUGCUGGAGUGUUUUGGGAAUUUUACUGGUGCUGUGGGCCAUGGGCUGCAUUCAGAGCAUUAGCUGCAAAUCAAAAGGUUUUCGGGAAGGGAUUACCGUCAUUGAAGUCAAGGCCUCGAUCGACCCCGUCCCCACCAACAUCGAUGAGUCGUCUAGUGUGGUUCUGAGAUAUCGGACCCCACACUUCCGGGCCUCGGCUCAGGUGCUGGUGCCAGCGCUCACCAAGAAAGAGACCUGGAUCGUGGGCUGGAUCCAGGCAUGUAGUCAUAUGGAGUUCUACAACCACUAUGGAGGACACGGAAUGUCAAGCUGGGAACUCCCGGACCUCCUGGAAGGCAAGAUCCGAGCCAUUAGUGACUCCGACGGUGUGAAUUACCCCUGGUAUGGAAACACCACGGAGACCUGCACAAUUGUGGGCCCCACCAAGAAGGAGGCGAAGUUCAGCGUCAGCAUGAACGACAACUUCUACCCCAGCGUCACGUGGGCCGUGCCCGUGAGCGACAGCAACGUGGCCAAGCUCACCAAGAUCCACCGAGACCAGAGCUUCACCACGUGGCUGGUGGCCACCAACACCUGCACCGACGAGAUGGUGAUUUUGCAGACCAUCAAGUGGCGGAUGAAGCUGGGCAUCGAGGUGACCCCGAGCAAACCGUUGGGGCACCGGGCCAAGCUGCAGGAACCCUCCGCUCAAGAGCAGCCGCAGAUCCUCGGCAAGAAUGAGCCAAUACCACCUAGUGCCCUAGUCAAGCCCAACGCCAACGACGCCCAGGUCCUCAUGUGGAGGCCGACUGAGGGGACGCCUCUCGUGGUGAUUCCGCCCAAGUAUCGGUAGUGCCUGCAAUGUCCCAGUGGCAUGUGGCGGGGUGGGGGGAAACCCCUUCUGUGUUUAAGGAAACAGACAUUUAAGCAAAAACAGAGAUGUACUUUUAACUUAUUUCACGAAGAGAGAGAGAAAAAAAAAUGCAACCAUUCUACCUUCUCCCAUUAGAACGGAUUUCACUGUGCUAUGGAAGCUCAAAGGAGGACCCCCCUCUUGAUGCUUGGGGGGUGCUGACAGACUGCAUUUCUGAACGCAAACACACACACACACACACACGCACUUAAACGUUUCUUUUCUUCCUUUGA